AUCAACUCCGCCCACUUCGUUUCGGGGUGGUUUUCCCCGGUUCCUAUUUCCACGCGUUUUCCACGAUGGCGUACUGUUAGUGUGCCUAAUAUUUAUAUUUUCCCACUUACGCUGGAAACGGAAUCACAAAUGGAGACAGAAGGUCGGUGACAAAACGUACAAACUGCAGAGUGAUAUUUGCUGCAAUGCUGUUCGUUCGUUGGUUUGUCGGUUUUCUACAAUACCAUUCAACGCCCUUUGUUCGUUACGUUUUGUGAUUCGAUUUUUGUACUUUACGCUUGGUACGGAUAUCACCCUCUGGUUUCGAUGCAAAAAAUAUGAUUUAAUUUCUUAUUCAUGGCCUUAUUCGGUGUUUUGCUUUUGCGUUCGUAUUUACGUGUGUUAGUGUUGUUUUUGUUGCAACAGUAAAGAAGAAGCAAGGCUUGAAAUUUUAAUGUUUUAUUCUGAUUUUGAAUUGCAUUAGAUUUUCCAAGGAAAGCUUGUUCUUGUCACAUUAUUGUGUGACUGAAUAGUGCUGUUCAGCUGUAAAAAAUACGAAAUACAGUUGUUUUCAAUUUUCAAAUAUUUCAUACCUGGAAAUGUGUAUGUGAAGUUAUUGUAUAUGUUAACUAUCUUUGCAGCGAAAAAAAUAUAAAACUUGUUUGUACAGUACCAAUAUCCACAAGCGAAUAAAAACUAUUUCAUUUCAAUUAAAAAAACAAACAAUACCUAAAACAUUAAACAAAUGGAAAGCAUAUUUAUUGUUUUGAAACAAAUUAUUUUCUUGAAAAGUCUAGCAUUCCUGAGGAUAUGGAAAGCCGGAACAGGAAAGUUCUUAAAUUAUACCAUUCUCGACGUCUCGUACAAGAUGUUUGAAUAUGCAUUAACCGUAACCACCCGAGAAUUCACGUCCCAAAACUGCUUCGUGUCUCAAAACGUGAUGAGAUCAAAUAAAAAAAAACGAUACUACUAUCUUCCGCGCACUGUGACUUAGAUUACCAGCUUUUAUUGGCCGAAAUCCACUUAGCUUCGAAAUGUUUCUCCAGUCAUAAUUUCACCCCUCUCCGCUUUCGCUCUCACCUUCUUCCGUAGCUGCUUUUACCACCUCCUGUGGUGGAAAGAAAAAUUAACUUCCCACCGUAAGCGUAAAGCCACGAAGCCCGUGCGUCCCAUCGUGAAGUGCAUUAAAAUGGGCUAAACUGAAUUUUAUUUCAUUUCGGUAAUCAAAAAUGCAUGAUUGUCGAGCGCAUCGUCAUCGGGCCACCGGUGGCGUUCACGCAGCACUCAAAGCAUCUUGUUCUUGGAUGGAUUCCUGUAGCGUUUCAGAAAAAUGGAAUGGUAGCAAAUAUGAAGCGCAAAGUAAAGAAAAGAACCAUAGCCGGUGAAAUGUUUCGCAAUUUACUAAUUCACGACGCGAGAGUGAUGUUUGUGACACUCGUGAGUUUCCACCGCAGUCGCUUCGCGGGCCCGGGAAUAUUAUGCAGGGGGGAAAAUGUUUUGCAUCCUUCCAUCCAGCAGACGAGAACCGGAACGAGAAACGAAACGAAACCAGAAUAAGAAUAUAUACCGGUGAGAAUUGUAGGUAUUGUAGGACUGAAGCCCGACUGACGGCUCGAGAACAGGCAACGUUCAACACACACGCGUGUACCACUCGGUGGAUGCCUUUUGAUAUCGGCCCAGCUUAAUGUCAGUCAUCUCACAUUCCACGGACCGCAGAGCCUAGAAGCAAGGUGGCCCACAUUGCAUGACACGAUAAUUCCUUACGAUGGCAGCUAAAGCAACAGCAGCCGAAGGAAGUGCUUUGGGCAGGAAAAAUGCAAAUUAUACCUCAUAAAAUAUGAUGAUGAUAAAAUUUUAUUUCAUCAAAACGCGCUCCAGUGUGGAAGACACAGCCGAAAACGAGGGAGAUGGGGAAGCCUCGCAAAUAAAAUAAAGAAAAUGGCUUCGUUAUUCAUUUCCACUUUUUACACCAAUACCACACGUACGUAAUGCGGGGCAACAGUAUGAAAUUGUGGUGUGGAAAUUGGAAGUCGUGAAAAACUCCACUCCGCAGAGUUCUUCUUUCAUUUUAAUCCUUCUUAUUUUGCUCACUCCUGGGAUUGGGCUAUGCGGUGGAAAAACCUAAAAAUGGAAACCACAAGUUUUUGCAUGUUAUUUGCUCCAUACCACGUUCCGAAAGCGUCGUGUUCUUAGGGGAGCUGAGAGUGGCGCAAUCAAAUAAGUAGGAUGCAAAGUUAUCAGAUAAAGCAGUCGAUAUGAGUAGUGCCUGCGAGCGUGAGAGGAGUUUUAUUUUUAAAAAAUGAACAUCCCAUAGAGGCACGCUUACAACGGGACGAGAUGUGUGUGUUUGUAUGUGUGGAAGCAUAAAUUAGCAUACCGAUGAGGGCAAUUAUUGCAUUUUGGGGUAGCAAGUUAACCCGCCAUGUAUGUGUACACUUUAAUCAAGGUGCGGCCGUGGUAGAGGAUCCGUUUUUUUUGUACGUUUGUGUGUUUUUGUGUGCCAGUAUGAGUAUGUUUGAAAACAUAAUUUUCAUCCGAUGUCCUCGGCCAGGCAUCCGGCAGCUCGGCCCCGAUAAUUGAAUCCGAACCACUUUACUCAAACGGAUUGCCGGCCUGGCAAACGUGAUUUUCUGUAAUGAAGGUACCCGGCUUAUGGAUUAUGCAUAACGCAGAUUACUUUUUGCAGGCAAAAAGGGAAUCAAUUAUCAGUUAAACAUCAAACGGUCCUCGGUACGAUGAUGUGAUUUGCUAGGCGCUGUGGUAUUCAGUAUGGUAUGAGGUGGCCAAAAGUUUUGGACGAAGGCGAUACAGUAGGGUAUGGUAAUGUUUGGAUAGUUGUAACGAUUAUACACGCUGAUUACGGCUAAUGGAUUGUCAGCUGGAGCGGUGAUGGAAAAUAAGCUUUCAUAAAAGAUGCAACCGUUUCGUGUAAAGAAAUGGAAGUAAAAUGGUAAAGAAUUUCGAAACAAAAAGAUUUUGUACAUGUUUUCAAGUUAUUCGAACACAUAUUAAUCAGUUUGCAAAGCUGGCAAAGAAGUUAGAAAUAAUCUGAUACCAUUACCAACAGAAAGAAUGCAUGAACUGUUAGGAAUAUUAUAAAUGAUGUUGAUAGAAACAGAGAAUCAUUCUUAAAAAAAUGAUAAGGGGUUGAGAGAUGGUAGGGAUCUUCUUGUUCUUGACUUAACGACCUUACAGGUCAUGCCGGCCAUUUCUGGCUUACUAGACUUAUUUUUACUACGUAGUCAGAUAUUUAAUCCUUGCUACGGGGGACGGCUCGGUUAGGAUUUGAUACCUGUUCCUGUCUUGUGGGGCUGGAGCCGUUCACCCCCAAAAUGUUACAAUUGUAAUAUGUCACUAUCUUCGACGGAACUAUAUUGAAUGUUUCCGUUAUGUAUUAAAAACGCGUUUAAGUUCAUCAUUUUUCCUUGCAUCUCUGGUGUUAAACCACAAUCCGAUUGUGAAACGUAAGGAGGCGCUACGUUUUUGUGGUCCUCACUGUGCCUCGGCAUUCGCUAUCAACGUUGAACUGGCAUCCGAUAGGCGGCUCUUAGGGUCCGGGCGGUUGAGGAGAACGAAUAAUAAGAAAAGUUGGUAGAACAAAUCCCAACAAUUGGUGACCCCGCCAUGAUUACGUGUGUAAUGUAAUACCGUGUUUUAACGAAUAUCGAAAGUGGUUCAAGUUACUGCAAGUGGUGCAAGUGUUUAAAAAGUGCUUUUUAAUGUGAAACAGUGAGCAAAACAGAGAGAAAAAUGCAUAUCCCCAAACCGAGUAAUAAUCACCCGCUAAUACUGCACCACUAGACCUUGAACUUGACCAACAAAUGCCGCUAAAACAACAACAAAAAACAUUACCCCACUGCCAGCGAUAAUGGAAUAACAUUAAUUGCUUCAUAUCACACGCGUCUUGGAAUCGCUUACAAUGGAAAGAAUUGCACUAAACAAGAUUUAAUGUGCAACGACAACGGAAGAGAUACGAUCCAAGCUGCAGCGCAUCGAUAAGUUACGUUGGCUUAUGCAUCAUCUUAUCGGUGUACGACCCUUAGCUGUGCCAUAAGAGAUCAGAAUGAAUAAUUUGGAAGUUAAAGUAGAAAGAAAACAAAUUUUUCCAGACAACAUAAUCCUAUCAUGUUGAUAGAAGUGAGCUAUCUAUUGACGGUCAAACCGUGAAAGAUGUGUAAAAAAACUAUGGCUUCAAAUUUCAAACACGGCCACGUUCCUAUCUGUUUUCGAAGCAACGACCGAGAGUAACAGUUCCCAGGCAACUUGAUGCUUUAGCUACACGUCAUCAUCGAUAAGACGCAUCCUUUAAUGAGUUCCCUAAAGUGCCGGUUGGACAGCAGCCGGUAUGAUAAGAAACCAUAACCGAAUGUUGGGCGCGUUACUGAUAAUAGUAAUUUCGGUACGCUACCGCAGAGAAUCGAAAAACAGCGUAUAUAACGUAUUGUAACGAUUUUCGAAGAAGGUAACGUGUUGGAGCGGUCAGCGAGCGGUAUAAAAGUAUGCACUCGACGCCGGUUGAUGUUUCAUUCGAUCGUAGCAACCGUUGGAAGGCAGUACAAUCUACCACGAAUCCAUUACCGAAGAAAAUGGCCUCGUACAAAGUUGAGCAGUUGCCGUCACCGUUGUCCGUGCUUGGAGAAGGACCUCAUUGGGACGUGGAACGGCAGAGUUUGUACUACAAUGAUAUCUACGGAGGAUCGAUUCAUCGAUACGAUUAUGCUGAGAAUAAGACCUACAACGCAACUAUCGAUGGUUUCCCAGUAAUCUCGUUUAUCGUCCCUGUCAAGGGUAACGAUCGACACUUCAUCAUCGGCACAGAUCGGAAAGUGACACUUGUGGACUGGGAUGGACGUUCGGAGAAGGCAACCUUUGUCCGUACGGUUGGCGAAGUUGAAUCGACCAUGAAGGAUAACCGAUUCAAUGAUGCGAAGGUGGACAGCAAGGGUCGCUUCUAUGGAGGUACGAUGCGUCUCGAGGCUAAGGGUGACAUCUUUGAGAUGCGCCUCGGUACAUUCUAUCGGUUCGACGCUAAGCGAGGCGAUUUUGUGACGUUGAAGAAGCAAAUCGGUGUCUCGAAUGGAUUAUGUUGGAAUGAGGCCGGAAACUUGUUCUACUAUAUCGAUUCCUGUGAUCUGGACGUAAAAGAGUACCGGGUGGAUGAAAAUGGAGAUCUUUCCGGUGAACGCGUUGUUAUUGACUUCCGUGUUAAUGGCGAGAAACCUUCGUUCGUACCGGACGGUAUGACCAUCGAUGCGAACGGUUCACUGUACGUUGCUACCUUUGGUGGAUCCACCGUUUACAAGGUGAACUCAAAAACGGGCAAGGUUGAGCUGGAGAUCAAGCUGCCUUGCGAACAGGUUACUUCAGCUGCAUUCGGAGGACCUAACUUGGACAUCCUGUAUGUGACCACGGCAGCAAAGGAGUUUAAAACACCACAACCAGCUCCGGCAGGUGCAUUGUUUGCUGUGACUGGACUUGGUGUGAAAGGAACUCCAAUGUAUUCGGUUGAUCUUAGCUAGAAAACUGAUUAACUGAUUGUUGGGUGUAUCGCCUACCAAGUAGCUGCUGGGGUUCUUUACCUCUAAAGAACAUAGUUACAAAUAAAAUAAUUCUUCUGUACCAUUUGAAUAAACCUUAAUAUGAGAAAACAACGUCUCAUCAAGAUG